AUGGCUUCCAAUGGCAGAGUUGGCAAGAGAAAGAACCCAGAUGAAGUGGCUGCUGAUAUUAUCUAUGUCGCUUUCUCAAUCAGGGGUCAGGAUGGGCGUCAGUUGUUCUUCAAGGUGAAUCAAGACAGCAAGUUAAUUAGGGUAUUCAGAGAUUACUGUCACCGAUUGAACUUGGAAUUUGAGACCAUGAAUUUUUUAUAUGAAGGUUCUUAUGUUAAUGGGAAACGUCAUACACCAAAAAAGCUCAAUAUGAAAAAUGGUGACGAGAUCCUUGCCGCGAGACACCAAACAGGAGGUGGUGUUGCAGCACUUAACUUUUAA